AGGAAUACGUAAUAACUUACUUACAAAAGAUCUUCAUUUCCAAUUGAAUGGAGAAGCAAAUGUUGCGAAGUGGGACCACAUUGAGCAGCUGUAUUUCUUAGAUACAGAAGACCAAGACGUUCGUCUGUGUUCAAAACUAACAGACGAACACGUAAUUCGAGGAAAAAUUAGAAAAAUGCGGGUCAAAUGCUGUACGCAAGUUUUUAGUCACCAAGUUGCAUCUUACAUGAAGAAAAUAUUAAGUUGGAAUGUACCUUUGAACCUGGAUAAGGAUGCAAUCGAAACAGCAAAUUUAAUUUUCUUUUUGGACAAGCUUUUUGACUCCCUAAAUUCAAGUAAAAAGUUUGAAGUAGCAGGCAAGCCUUUAAAAGCGGGGGUGUCAGCAGGUAGCUCCCACAUUUCUUUUUGGUACGAGGCAAUAAAAAUAUUAGAAACCAUGAAAUAUAAAGUAGGUACUAAUUUUAUCAUUGUUCCAUCUAUCAAAAAUUUAAUUAUUACUAUAAGAGGAUUUAUAUAUCUUUGUCAAAUACUAAUAUCCUUAUAUCCAAAAGCAUAUAUAUUGACAAGGGUUAUCCAACAGGAUGCCCUAGAAAAUUUUUUUUCAUGUGUUAGGGGAUAUAGUGGAAGGGAAAAUAAUCCCAGUGUUAAUCAUUUUAUAACCUCGUUUAAGGCUUUGUUAACUAAUAAUUUUAUGUCGAGACAUUCACCAGGGGCCAAUUGUGAGGAGGAUGAGACUGACGGGCCCUUGGAUAAUUUUAAACAUUUCAUUUUAAAUGAUAAUUUCCAAAAACAAGAUGUUAGCGAAGAAAAAAGUACAAAUAUCGAAGAAAAUAUUAAAAGCCUUCCUCCUGCUUUAAUUAUAAGAAGAUCAAAAAUAGCUAAAUGCACUUAUAAUUAUAUAUCUGGAUUUAUUUUAAGAAAAAUGAAUAAGUUAAUUAAAUGUGAACGAUGUAAACAAAACAUGUCUGGUAGAGAUCAAAUGGUGGAUCUUGAUUUCAUUCAAGCCCGACAAUAUGAAAAUUGUAAGUUAGCGAUUCCAGGAACCUAUCUUAAUUAUUUAGUUAGUGAGGCAUUAACAAGGCUAUUUUACUUAAUACCUAGAGUAUGUGACAGGGAAAAAGUUUCCAUAGUGUUACAAAACAUUUUGUCAAAAGAGAUUUACACUAAUUUACUUAAUUGUAGUAAGCAUAACGAUACAAACAAGAUCUUUUUAAAGUAUGUAGUAAGGUGCUCUCUUUUUUUUUGGUGCAAAAAAAUUAAUCUAAUAUUAAAAGGCAAAGACGAAAAAUUUGUCAAAUAUUUAAGACUUCAACCUAACAAGAAAAGCAUUGACCCGAUAAAAAUAAGUGCUUAUAGGAAAUUUCAAAAAAAAAUAAAAAAAAAGAAAUAAAAAUAAGUUAAAAACUCAUCUUCCUGUUAACUAUAGAAUUUUAGAUAUACCAUUGACUUCUACUAAUAUUGCAUCAAUAAACCGAUUGAUUCAUUGUGUGGGGCUUAAUAUUUUUAAGCUGCUUUUAUAGAAUACAGAGUCGGCCUUCAAAUUAUUAAACUCAUAUUUUAAUUUUUGAAAUAAUUUUAUAAAUAAAGGUUUUUCAUAGACUAUUUCACUAGAGUGUUUUACACCAGUAAAAUAGCAUAGCAACAGCCUGUUUUCUAGUGGCAAAACACUUACCUAAUCCUACCUGGCCAAAACCAACUUUUUUUUUUGGAAUUUUGAUUAAUCUCGUGAAAUAGUCUUGUCCAAUACCGCUCAAGAAAAAAUUUUGCUUGCAAAAUUUUCUCCUGGUUUUAUUCAGUAUUAUACUGGUUUUAUUAUUGUAGUAUUAGGUAUAUACGAUAAAAUACAUAUUUCUAAGAAUACUUCUCUAAGUUCGAAUAAACCCGACGACCACCGGUUGGAUUAAAGGUAUCCUUUUUAUUAUUUUCGCAUAGAGGUAAUAAAUUUGGUUUUUCUAGCUCCAUCUCUGCUGGAAAAGUAUUAAUGUAAAUUUUGGGUCGUUUCAUGGCCUAAGUGAAUAUGUAUAAUGGAAAAGUGAACGAUAUAUCUAAAAUUGUACUGUACAGGGCGAGUUUUUUUAUGUUUAGAAACAAGAAACUCGGACACUUUGAAUUGUCCUAACUUCGUAAAUAUUAUCUUUAGAAAAAAAAGUUAAAUACAAAAAUUAUAGGAAUUGAACUCUAAAUCAUAUGACAUAAAAGUUUUUUAAGAACACA